AUGACCGCCGCGCGGAAUAACGGCUUGCCCUUUGACUUUUGUUGGGUCAUCGCCAAAUGCUUCAAUAUUACCGGCCACCCACUCCAGACUCAGUCGCUGAUCCAGAAGCCCCAGCUCAUACUUUGCCUCCGCACUGCCACUACGUCGACCCUAUGUCUACUGCCAAGUGUUGUUGCUCGUCCACUUCAAAGCUCUAGUAUCGUAAUUAACAGGCCCAACUUCAAAGGAAAAUGA